AUGCACACCACCACGGCCACCACCAACGGCGACUCGACGCAUGUCAAUGGCGUGAAUGGCACCGCGAAACACCCUCACACCAACGGACACCACCUAAACGGCGACUCCAUCCCUAAAUCCACCCCUACACACAAUGCGACAGCAAACGGCCACCACCACCAACCACGCGCGCGCAAAGACUCCUCCCCCCUCGCCCCGCCCUUCAUCGUCUCCGCCCCCGGCAAGACCAUCGUCUACGGCGAACAUGCGGUCGUCCACGGCAAAGCCGCCAUCGCCGCCGCCAUCUCCCUCCGCUCCUACUUCCUCGUCACCACCCUCUCCAAAUCCCAGCGCACCGUCUCCCUGCGCUUCACAGACAUCGGCCUCGACCACACCUGGAACAUCGCCGACUUGCCAUGGAAGGCCUUCGCGAAUCCCGCGCGCAAGAAGAGGUAUUAUGAUCUGGUGACGAGCUUGGACAGGGAGUUGGUCGAGGCCAUGCAGCCGCAUAUUAUGGGUGUGGGGAAGGGGGAGGAGAGUCCGGAGAAGGUGAAGGUACGACAGGCGGCGGCGAGUGCGUUUCUGUAUCUCUUCCUCAGUCUGGGCAGUGAGAGGAGUCCUGGGUGUGAAUACGCCAUGCGCAGUACAAUCCCCAUCGCGGCGGGGCUGGGGAGCAGUGCGAGUGUCAGCGUGUGUAUAUCGGCUGCGCUGCUUAUACAAUGUCGUGCUUUGGCAGGGCCACACCCAGAUCAGCAGGGCAAAGAGGCGGAAGAGCAGCUGGAGAGGAUCAACAGGUGGGCGUUUGUCGCGGAAAUGUUGAUACAUGGGAACCCCAGUGGAGUGGAUAAUACAGUCUCGACGAAUGGACAUGCCGUGCUGUUUCAGAGAAAAGACUACGCCAAACCGCCGUCGGUGUCGGUCAUGCGCGAUUUCCCCGAACUGCCUCUACUGCUGGUGGAUACCUGCGUGCAGAAAUCGACGGCGACAGAGGUUGCCAAAGUCGCGGCGUUGAAGGGGCUACAUCCUACCGUGGUGGAGAACUGUCUGGAUGCCAUUGAUAGCAUCACGAGGAGUGUGUACGAGCGGAUCACGAGCGAGGACUUUGAAAGUGACAGCCCCGAAGGGAUACAGCACUUGGGCGAGUUGAUGGGGAUCAACCAUGGACUCUUGACGAGUUUGGGCGUGUCGCAUCCGCGAUUGGAAAGGCUGAGAUAUCUCGUCGACCAGAGCGGCGUCGGCUGGACGAAAUUGACAGGUGCUGGUGGAGGCGGCUGUGCCAUAACACUGCUCAGACCGGACGUUGCGACUUCCACCACGAACGGCGACGCAGCCGAGCUCAAUGGUGAGCCUGGCACGCAUAAUACCUCAUACUCAACUCCUCUCGAACGAUUAACGCAACAACUCCACGACGAAGGGUUUAAGAAGUACCAAACCACGCUGGGUGGGGAUGGAGUGGGUGUGCUGUAUCCGGCGGUUAUUGGAGAGGAGGAGAUUGAUCUGGAGAUGUUUCUGACGGCGGAGGGGAGGGAGGGGGUGGAAGAGCUGGUAGGUGGUGGGAGGGAUCGCGAGGCUUGGAAGUUUUGGAGGCCGUGA